CCUUCUAUUUUACUGUGAGAUGCCUGUUUUCCCUCCAGAUCUGUUGAUCAAACUGUGAUUAGUCCAGAUAGAGUUGGUAUUGGUUAAGGGCAUUACGGGGUGCUUGUAUUUUAGUUUGCUUUUUGCUUAGGUUUAUUGCUUGGGUUUGUGUUAGUACUUUUAAUUGUUGCUUUUCCUUCUGAGCUACUAUUGUGAGGCUUUGUGUCCUUUUCGUUGAAUGAAUGAAUUUCUUUGGCCUAAAAAAAAAAAAAAAGACCGUUUAAUUCCCUAAAAAGGAGUGAAGGACACGUCAGACUGGCAGCGGCACGAGAAGGUCGAGCUCGAGCACUUUUCCAUACUCUGCUGUGCCAAUGCUACUGCCUACUACUUUAUAUCACACUCACAGUGGAAGCUUAUCUCAAUUCUCAGAAAUGGCGAAAGUGGGUAGGAUCAAGCUGGGUUCACAAGGCUUGGAGGUAUCAACCCAGGGACUUGGUUGCAUGAGCAUGUCUUCUGCCUAUGGCACUUCUAAACCUGAACCCGACAUGAUCGCUCUCAUCCACCACGCCAUCCAGAGCGGCAUCACAUUUCUCGACACCUCCGACAUCUACGGGCCACACACGAAUGAAAUUCUUCUCGGAAUGGCUCUGAAGGGAGGUGUGAGGGAGAAGGUUGAAUUGGCCUCUAAAUUCGGAGUCAGCUUUGCCGAUGGCAAGGUAGAUAUCCGUGGCGAUCCUGCGUACGUGAGAUCGGCUUGUGAGGCUAGCUUGAAGAGACUGGAGAUCGAUUGCAUUGAUCUCUAUUACCAGCAUCGUGUUGAUACUCGUGUGCCUAUUGAAGUCACGAUUGGGGAACUUAAAAAGCUUGUUGAGGAGGGAAAAAUAAAACAUAUUGGCUUGUCUGAGGCCUCGGCUUCAACAAUCAGAAGAGCACAUGCUGUUCAUCCUAUAACGGCUGUGCAGUUGGAGUGGUCCUUAUGGGCAAGAGAUGUGGAGGAAGAAAUAAUUCCAACUUGCAGGGAACUUGGCAUUGGAAUUGUAGCUUAUAGUCCUCUUGGACGAGGAUUCUUUUCAUUAGGAGCAAAGGUUGUUGAAAGCUUUUCAGAGAAUGACUUUCGGAAGCGUUUGCCUAGAUUCUAUCCCGAAAACAUGGAGCACAACAAGAUUAUAUUUGAGAGGGUUAAUGAAAUGGCUACAAGGAAGGGAUGCACUCCGUCUCAACUAGCAUUGGCCUGGGUUCAUCAUCAGGGAAAUGAUGUGUGCCCUAUACCAGGAACCACCAAAAUUGAGAACUUGAACCAAAACAUUGGGGCUUUGUCAGUUAAGCUUACCCCAGAAGAAAUGGCAGAACUUGAGUCGUUUGUUGCUGCUGAUGCAGUCAAGGGUGAAAGAUCUGGUCCUGGGAUAGCUACAUGGAAGGAAGGUGACACUCCUCCUCUUUCUUCUUGGAAAGCUGCUUAAAAAGUUCAUUCCUUGUGUUUUGUAUAUUCAGUACUCGUUGCUAUCUUAAGCAAACUGACCAGUACAAGAGGGUAUCCUUGCCUCAAUGGAGUUGUUAUAUACUUAUAUUUGUCCUUCUAGGAGAUUUGCUUAUGCAUGCAUGUUUGUCUAAACAAGCCACGACAUUGAGCUGCUCGAAAA